CCAUAUUUUUCCCACACGAAACCACCUUUUCAUGCGGAUCAACAUGAGGAUACUACUACUCGUCGCUCUCUGCCUUUGGGCUGCACCCGCUACGGAUGCGCAGAACUCUGGAAGUCUAGUUCCAGAGGGAUUGGCCAACACGCUGAAUUCGACGCUCCAGAACUUGAUGCCGAUCGUUGAGGGGCUGGGAAAUGUUGUGUCCUCUCUCCUCCGGGGAAUCACUGGGGUGUUGAGCCAAAGUGUCCAACCGGAUCAAGCCAUGGAGCAGUACAGUCAAGCAAUCAUGCAAUUCGAGAAAAUGCUGCAACAGAACGAGCUAACCCAAUCUAUCGGGCAAAACAUCAUCCCCGUACUGGAUAUGUCUGAGGAUGUCGUGGGGACGCUUUUCAACAUGCUUCCAAUGCUCCUCGGAAGAGGAGGAGGUACCUCCUGAAGAGCCACGACAAUUUAGAACGGAUGAACACUCCGGAUGGGGAUCGGCUUCCUCGUGUUCCGCACUCAUUACCAGCACGUCAGAAUCUGCCAUCUGGAUCUAACAAUAAUCAGCGGAAGUCCAGAUUCAGGCCAAUAAACAUUGGGUCAAA